AGAGGGGCCCAAGACUACAUUUCCCGGCGUGCACCGGGAGGGGCAGGACCCGGAAGUGAGGGCGGGAGAGGCCUCUCUGGAAGUUGUCCCGGGUGCUCGCCGCUGGAGCUCCGGGUCGAGAGGACGAGGUGCCGCUGCCGGGAGGAUCCUCCGCUGCCGCCGGCACCCGGAGCCCAGCCCUUUCCUAACCUAACCCAACCCUGUCCAGUCCCGGCCACCAACUCCCGUCCCCGCCGCGGACCGCAGCGUUGCCAUGAAUCCUGCCGUUUUCCUAUCCUUACCCGACCUCCGAUGCUCCCUGCUGCUCCUGGUAACUUGGAUUUUUACCCCUGUAACAGCUGAUAUAACAAGUCUUGAUGCAGAUAAUAUAGAUGAUAUUUUAAACAGUGCCGAUGUUGCUUUAGUAAAUUUUUAUGCUGACUGGUGUCGUUUUAGCCAGAUGUUGCAUCCAAUUUUUGAGGAAGCUUCCAACGUCAUUAGGGAAGAAUAUCCAAAUGAAAAUCAAGUAGUCUUUGCCAGAGUUGAUUGUGAUCAGCACUCUGAUAUAGCCCAGAGGUAUAGGAUAAGCAAAUACCCUACCCUCAAAUUAUUUCGUAAUGGGAUGAUGAUGAAGAGAGAAUACAGGGGUCAGCGAUCAGUGAAAGCACUUGCAGAUUACAUCAGGCAACAAAAAAGUGACCCUGUUCAAGAGCUUACCAACUUAGCAGAAAUCACCACUCUUGAUCGCAACAAAAGAAUUAUCAUUGGAUAUUUUGAGCAAAAGGAUUCAGAAAACUAUAGAGUUUUUGAAAGAGUAGCAAAUAUUUUGCACGAUGAUUGUGCCUUCCUUUCUGCCUUCGGGACUGUCUCAAAACCAGAAAGAGUUAGUGGAGACAACAUAAUCUACAAACCACCAGGGGGUUCUGCUCCAGAUAUGGUAUACUUGGGAUCUAUGGCAAAUUUUGAUGUGACUUACAAUUGGAUUCAAGAUAAAUGUGUUCCUCUUGUCCGAGAAAUAACAUUUGAAAAUGGAGAGGAAUUGACAGAAGAAGGAUUGCCUUUUCUCAUACUCUUCCACAUGAAAGAAGAUACAGAAAGUUUAGAAAUAUUCCAGAAUGAAGUAGCUCGGCAAUUAAUAAGUGAAAAAGGUACAAUAAACUUUUUACAUGCUGACUGUGACAAAUUUAGACAUCCUCUUCUGCAUAUACAGAAAACACCGUCAGAUUGCCCUGUAAUAGCAAUCGACAGCUUUAAGCAUAUGUAUGUAUUUGGAGACUUCAGGGAAGUAUUAAUUCCCGGAAAACUCAAGCAGUUUGUGUUUGACUUACAUUCUGGAAAACUACACAGAGAAUUCCACCAUGGUCCAGAACCAACUGAUACAGCCCCAGGAGAAAAGGAAGAACAAGAUGUGGCAAGCAGCCCACCAGAAAGCUCCUUCCAGAAGCUCGCACCCAGCGAAUAUAGGUAUACUUUAUUGAGGGAUCGAGAUGAGCUUUAAAAACUUGAAAAACAAUUUGCAAGCCUUUCAAACAGCAGCAUCAUUGUAUGUGGUGGAAAUAGUAAACCUAUAUUUUCAUAAUUCUAUGUGUAUUUUUAUUUUGAAUAAACUGAAAGAAGUUUUGGGUUUUUAACUUUUUUUUCUCCCCCUGACUCUGAAUGCAUCAUGUCAUUAAUAUAGCUUCAUUCAAAAAAAAAAAAAUCUGCUGGGUUAAAAAAAUGUUUUUUUCCAGAGGCCUCUCUUUGCUUUAAAUCUGCCCUGUAAUUUUUGUUUUUUUUUAAAUAAAUCAAGUAAAAGGCGACAUUGCCAGAAACAUACCAUUAACUUGCACUACUAGGUUAGGGAGGGUUUAGGGACGUUUCCUAUGGACAUUUUCUUUAUUUUUUUUCCUUUACAUAUGAUCAAUUCUGUAGGACCUUCAUUAUCACAGUUCUUAAAGCCAAGGGGUCUAUAUUCUGGAUACUUGGGUGGGGAAUAAAUUAAAAUUUUCACACUG